AUGGCUACGGCGGGUGAAGAAGGGCUUGAAUACGAGAGUGAUCCCGAAGAGGCUAUGAGAUCGCUCGCAUUGAGGAGAAGGCGCGAGGCCAGUGAUGAUGAGGAAGGCGACACCGAAGCUGACGGAAGAAUCGCUGCCGGUGGUCGCCGGGUUACCCAGUCCGAUGAUUCCGACGGCGAGGGUGGCGUGGCAGAUUAUGACGACGAAGAAGAAUUGGAAGAAGAAGAGGAAGAGGAGGAGGAGGAGGAAGAAGAAGAGUUGUUAGAAGAAGAAGAAGAUGAGGGUAGGGUUGGAAGGGAAGGAGGUGCUAAUGGUACAGUGGUUAAGGACUCGGAUGCUGAUGGGAAAGGCCCUUUGGAUGAAUCAUUGAAUGGAGAUGAUGAAGAGAAGAAGGAGAAUGAACCGUUUGCGGUGCCCACUGCUGGAGCAUUUUAUAUGCACGAUGAUCGCUUCAGGGAUAAUGCCGGUGCACGCCACAGGCGCAUGCGUGGUGGAAGGAGACUCUGGGAGUCCAAGGAUGACAGGAAGUGGGGACAUGAUAAGUUUGAAGAAAUUACUCUACAAGAAAGGCACUACAAAGAGGGUAGAAGACCUUCUAAGGGUAGUUAUCGAGGUCGUGGAGGUAAAACACGAGGUGUUGAUCGCAGUGGGGCAUAUGUUCGAGGUAACAGAAAAGGGUAUGAAAACAGAGGCAAUCAAACUCAGGCACCAAAGAGUGUUGUGCGAGGGAGAGGACCCCGUAGGUAUGAGCCUACUAACAAGAGCAAUGAUUCAGCAUCCCAGGUGCAAAAUAAACAAUAUGGGAAGCAGCCAGAGAAAGUUUCACAUGCUGGUCCAGGGAAAGCCUUCACUCCUGUCUCCAAUUUAGAGCCUGAUCCUGUACCUUCCAAGAAACAGGUGUUUGCAUCAAAUUUGAAUUAUGCAUCUCCUCCUUUCUACCCUUCAAGUUCUUCCAACAAAGAUACUAGUGUGACACCAAAAGGGGACAUCCAAACUGGUGCUGCAACCAGGAACGUUCGGCCUGGGGUUGUGGAUGAGGGUUUUUUGGUCCAACAAAACAAUGCACUUUUUCGGGGAAAGAAUGUUGUCGAUCAUGUUAGCAUGGAGAAGUUGUAUAUUGAUGGGCCUGGCGCUCCAUCUGUUGGAAAGGCUUUUAACAAUUUGCAUAUUCCCCCACCUGGAUCUUCUGGAGUUAAUGCUUCUCAGUCUACUAAUCCAAGAGGUACUGGGAGGGGUGGAGGAGUACCAGUGCACAUGAAUUAUCAGCCUGCUGCCUCUCAUAAUCAAACUAGUAAAAUUGAUCCAACACAACUCCAGGCUAUUCAGAGAACUGUUCCGGGGCGAACUUCACCUUCUGUGCAAGCCCCUGCUCCACAGUUGGGUCAUCGACCAGGUAGUGGGUCUCAAGUUUCAUCUCCCCCCAACACAUCCGCUGCAAUUAGUUCAUUGGAUUCUGGAGAAACUGAUGCAGCUUCAGAAUCAGGUAAAUUGAAGGGUGCAUUAGUUGGGAAGGGGAGGGGAGCUUCUCAGGGUAGUGGAAGGGGCUCUUUUGUUUAUGGUGGAAAUAUGAGCACUGCUGGAAAUAUCAGUGGUAGUCAUGGAGAUCAGAACUUCCCAACCUUUCUGCCAGUUAUGCAAUUUGGAGGGCAGCAUCCUGGUGGCAUAGGAGUUCCUGCUGUUGGCAUGGCAUUCCCUGGAUAUGUUGCUCAGCCUCAACUUGGUUUGGGUAACUCGGAAAUGACAUGGCUACCAGUUUUGACUGGGGCAGCAGGAGCUUUAGGGGCGGCAGGAGCUUUAGGGGCAGCAGGUGCUUUAGGGGCUACAUACUGUCCACCAUAUCUCACUGUUGACGGUGCUUACCAUGCACGACAAUCAGGGCAGACAUCUGCAACAGCUACUUCAAGCAAGGAAAAUAAUGUGAAUAAAGCUAAUAAUGAGUGGAAGGCACCACCAAAAUCUGAGCCUGUAAAUGAUGAGUUUGGACAGCGGCAUAAUAAGCCCCGCAGAUACUCGGAGAUGAACUUUGGGCAGCCUUCUUCCUACCGGUCCUUUGUCCUCCAAGCUUUUGUUCUGGAGUACCUUGGGCAGCGAUAUGUGGUAGUUGCUUGUGUAAUUGUGCGAUUUUUCUUGCGUUUUGCUUUGGUUAAGCUCGUGAGAAACAUAGGCAGGCUUUUCUACAACUAUGUAUGUGGGAAAAGAACGACGAUUGUUUUGCAGCAACUGAUUGCUCGUGGAGUUGAAAAUUUAUCUUGUAAAUGGUUUCUUAUUCUUAUGUCAAAGGGGUGGGACCCGGGUCAAACCGCAAAGAGACCGUUGGAUUGGUCCAACGGCCAGACUCUCAGGGUGAGACUACCGACGCAGCAGUGUAGUGACCGUGGGAGUGAAAUUGAGAAAGAUGGCACGUGUGUGAAGGACGCACGUUUGAAGAAGCUAAUGGAGGAAACCAUCAAUAGAGGGGAAUUUCAGCCUAAUUUGGCUAAACAGACUUCAUUGAGAUUAGGUGGCAGUGUUAAAUCAACGUUAUCAGGAAGAUCAACUCCGCGAAAUUCGCCUUCAUUUCGGCGACUGAAUUCUGGCCGCACACCAAGAAAGGAAGGAAGGAGCAGUGUAGGCGGCACACUGUGGUUUCGGAGCAAUCGUUUACUUCUUUGGUUGCUUCUAAUUACCCUCUGGGCUUAUCUUGGAUUUUUUGUUCAGUCCAGAUGGGCUCAUAGUGAUAAGAAGGAGGAAUUUUCUGGCUUUGGAACUGGGCCGCGAAAUACUGGCUCAGACGCUGAACAGGUUCAGCGUCGUGAUUUGCUUGCUAAUCAUAGUUCAUUGUCUGCUAACAAUGAGACUGAUGCUAAUAUAGCAGGGACUAGUAAAACUAUAAAUGUAGCUUUGGCCAAGAAAGGCAAUGAUGUUCCAUCUCAUCGUAAAACAAGCUCAAAGAAGAGGAGCAAGAGAAGACGUGCUUUGAAAGGUAAAUCAAGUCGUAAGCUGAAACCAACUACAGAAGUUAAGAACGGUGAUAUAGAGGAGAAGGAGCCAGAAAUUCCUACAAACAAUAGUACAUAUGGAUUGCUUGUUGGUCCGUUUGGCCCAAUGGAGGAUAGGAUUCUGGAAUGGAGUCCAGAGAGACGUUCUGGGACAUGUAACAGGAAGGGGGACUUUGCACGUAUGGUUUGGUCCAGAAGAUUUAUCUUGAUAUUCCAUGAGCUUUCCAUGACUGGAGCUCCACUUUCAAUGAUGGAGUUGGCAACAGAACUUUUGAGCUGUGGGGCUUCGGUUUCAGCUGUUGUGCUUAGCAAGAAAGGUGGUUUGAUGUCAGAGCUUGCUAGGAGACGGAUCAAGGUGCUUGAGGACAAAGCUGAUCUCAGCUUCAAAACUGCAAUGAAGGCUGAUCUUGUCAUUGCUGGUUCAGCUGUCUGUGCAUCAUGGAUUGAACAAUAUAUCGAACGUUUUCCUGCUGGUGCAAGCCAAGUUGCCUGGUGGAUUAUGGAAAAUCGACGAGAGUACUUUGAUCGAUCAAAAGAUGUAUUGGACAGAGUAAAAAUGUUGGUUUUUCUUUCUGAAUCACAAUCUAAACAGUGGCAGAAGUGGUGUGAAGAGGAAAGCAUAAAACUGAGAUCCUACCCUGAAAUUGUUCCAUUGUCUGUUAAUGAUGAGCUGGCGUUUGUAGCUGGUAUUCCUUCCACACUUAACACUCCAUCCUUUAGUACUGAGAAAAUGGUUGAGAAAAGGCAGUUAUUGCGAGAAUCAGUCCGAAAAGAAAUGGGCCUAAAUGAUAAUGACAUGCUUGUAAUAUCUCUUAGUAGCAUCAACCCUGGGAAGGGCCAGCUAUUGCUUCUUGAAUCAGUAAGCUCGGUACUUGAGCAAGGACGGUUGCAAGAUGAUAAGAAAAUAAAAAAAGUAUCAAAUAUAAAGGAAGGCAUAUCUACUCUGGCUAGAAAGCAUCGUAUUAGAAAAUUGUUGCCGUUGUUGAAGAAUGGAAAAGUAGCUUCCAAUGAAAUUUCAAGCAAUUCUUUAAGCAGGAGGAAACAAGUUUUACCUAAUGACAAAGGAACAAUUCAACAAUAUCUCAAACUUCUUAUUGGUUCUGUUAGAUCAAAGAGUAACAAGGCGGAGUAUGUUAAAAGUCUUCUAAGUUUCUUAGAACAACAUCCAAACAUCUCAAAAUCAAUUUUUUGGACUCCAUCCACAACUCGGGUUGCCUCACUUUACUCUGCUGCCGAUGUUUAUGUUAUAAACUCUCAGGGGCUAGGAGAAACAUUUGGGCGUGUGACUAUAGAAGCAAUGGCGUUUGGUCUUCCGGUUCUUGGCACGGAAGCUGGGGGAACACAGGAGAUUAUUGAGCACAAUGUUACAGGUCUUCUUCAUCCUGUUGGACAUCCAGGGAAUCUUGUUCUCUCACAGAAUCUUCGGUUUUUACUCAAAAACCAGUUGGCAAGGAAGCAAAUGGGAGUGGAAGGAAGAAAGAAGGUGCAGAGGAUGUAUUUGAAGCAACACAUGUAUAAUAAAUUUGUAGAGGUUAUUGUCAGGUGCAUGAGAAGCUCAUGA